AUGGGAAUCGUUGCUUGCAGGACUUCAUGGUUCCGUGAUUCCCGGGCCGUGGAUGAACGUGCCGAGCGGUGGAGCUUCCACCAACCCAAGUCGACACCGCUCUCAACCAAUACCACGACCCACAUCAGCAACCGAGGCUUUGACCUCAACAUUCCCGCAUUGCCGAAAUUCUCACCGGCUAAUUUCCUUGUCUUUGCCGCGAGGCGUGCUGCUGCUUUUGUCCCGGCGGAAGAAAAAGGAAGGGUCGAGGGUGAAGAGUUGAUUCCCGAGUUCCUCUUCUUUGUGAAGGGUACUGUCGACUCGGAGGACCUUCCUCUCAACAUCUCGAGAGAAACGUUGCAGCAGAACAAGAUCUUGAAGGUUAUCCGCAAGAACUUGGUGAAGAAGCGCAUUGAGCGCUUCUUUGAAAUAGCCGAGAACAAGGAAGAUUACAACAAGUUUUACGAGGCUUUCUCCAAGAACCUCAAGCUUGGUGUCCACGAGGACUCUCAGAACAGGAAUAAGACUGUUGAAUUGUUCCGCUACCACUCCACCAAGAGUAGUGAUGAGGUGACGAGCCUGAAGGACUAUACGGCCAGAAUGAAGGAGGGUCAGAAUGAAAUCUAUUACAUCACUACUGGAAACAACAAGUAG